AUGAACUUGACGGACGAUAAUGUUUCUGCCGGCAUUUCACCUGAAGACCUUCGCAAGAAGCCAUGGAAAUAUAUCGGCUACCGUGGCUUUAGCAAAUUCAUCGCUUCAGAUAACGACUUUUUCAUUUUCCGGCGUUUCAGUGAAUUGACAGCACGCGUUCUCUUAGCGCUGCAAGAUGAACUCCAAGAACUUGAAUCUCAGUUGCUGAUACUGGAAAAUCGGCUGUCGCAGGCGUCUGCUCCAGAUAUCCAUAAUGGAUCGUUCAGGCAGGAAACGCAGCAAAUGAGGCUGAGGCUUAUUCGCGAAAUUGAUUCUAGAUUGAGAGCUUACAGUCAGAUAAUUACCACCAGUAUGGUUUCUGCUUCUGCUAACAUCCCGGCAGAUGAGCUUAUAAUCCAGCAUUCAGAUCUUCGUUCUAGAUCUCGUGUUCCUAAAAAGGACGUGAUCAGCAUCUCAAACUGGUUCCACAAUCAUCGGAAUGCUAUUUUGCGCGAAGAGACCGAAUACAUUAACGAGCCAAAUGAUCUCUUUGCGGUCGUACCCAAAGCCAAGACCCCGCUCCGACAACUGCUUGAGCGAUCGUCGCAUUUUCGCUUGUGGAGGCUCUGGAGAAAGGGCCCAAUCUCAGAAAUGGAGAACGUACACUACGGUUCGGAUCAGCGCAUCGACCUAUUUGUCGCUUUGAUGAGCACUGUUGUGGGGUUAAUGAUGUUAAUCGGGCCAUUAUGGAUUCUGGCAUUUGUAACGCAAACGGUAAAGCGACUGGGAAUUAUCACAGCUUUUCUCGUUAUAUUUCUUUGCUUUGUGUCAUUUACGACGGUUGCUCGGCCUUUUGAAAGUCUCGGAGCCACUGCUGCGUAA